AUAAGAGAAUAUUCCUCCGAAGAUGCUCCCCCUCCCUCCUAUAAAAGGAGGGGUGCCCCCAAUGUGAAAGGGAGGCCAAAACUCACUCCUUCCCUGCCCAAACUACUUUCUCUUUCUAGAAAGUCUUUAGAGUAUAUUUUUCCUUCUUCGUCAAGAGUUUGUAGCUCCACCAUUAAUGCCUUCCGAACCCAUUUCAUGUAUCGUGUACACACCCCCGAUAUUAAUAAAAAUCCCCCGUUGGCAAGGUACCGCUAAAAAAGGUUCGUGGUUUUCUCCCGAUUUGGGUUUCCACGUAAAAAUCCUUGUGUUUAUAGUUUGGUGUAUUUUUUAGACUAGUUUAUCGUUUUUUCUGGGCAAGAACAAUAUAUCGGUCGAUAAUUUACACCAUCAUUUUGGCGCCGACUGUGGGACCCGAGCAAAUAACUGUUACUAUAUUCAUCCAUUUUCCUCAAUAAAAAACUGAAUCUCAAAACCAAUAUCCAGUUUUUACCAGAGUGUUUUGUAAGCCAAUUUGAGUCCCCUUUGUGCAAAAAUUGGGUCCAAAGUGCUAAUUUUGGGAGUCACUUCAACAUGUCACUGAACAAAAGUUGGGGAGAAGGCAAAAUAAUACGGGGUAGAAAAAAGAGGUUGAAAGGUCCGUCGAUUGGGAGGUCCACCAUCCUGACAGCUACUCUUGUUGCCGCUGCUCAAACCUGCUGCCGUCGCCGCCGAAUUCAAUCGACGGGAUUGCCGCUGCCGCCAAACUCAAUCAUCGUUGGUCGUUGGAGCCAUUCACUGCCGACCGCAUCUAGUGCUGGGAGCUAAAGUCGUCAUCGCGGCAAAGAAAAAAAAUUGGGGGCUUUCCUUCAAAAAUCCAAAAUGGCAAAGAGGAGUCGCCGCCCCCCAGAUAUUGCACGAGUUGCCGGCCUCCCCCAAUUGGUCCAGCCGUAUAACCAAAAUCGUCAUCACCACCGAAGAACUUGAUCUCUGCCGCCAUCCCUAGUCGCAGCCCAGCUUCGUCCCCACAUGAGUCGCGCCAUCAUCGGCUCGCCGUUAAAGCCAGCGCCACCACCGUUCCACAGAGAGGGAGAUGUUUGUUGGGAUGGUGUGGAAUUGCGCAGCGAAUCUAAAGAUCCUCCUCAUCGCUCUCAUCUUUCGCCUUUGUUACUGUUCUUCGGUUCCUCCGUGCUCGGGUUACUUGUUCCUCUGCAAUAGAUCUCCACUUUUGCCUCGGUGCCUCAUCAAAUCGGCGGCGUCUCUCUCCACCACCGCCACCUGCUCUCGCUCAAGGGAAUGGCCAUGGUUGGGGAGCUCGGAUCUUGCCUUGGCUACGACGCCUAGAGGAUCUCCGGCAGCACCGCCACCAAAUUCAGCCACCGCCGGAGCUAAACCACCAUCACUUGUCACAUUAUUUGCCCCACUACAGAAGUUAGUCACACCUUUGUUGAGAGAUGGAGCUGCAUCCACACUUUGACGGACCACCCCUUCAAAGAGAAAAGAAGAAGAUCGAUGCCGGAGAUAUCUCCCUGCCACCUCGGAAGAAUACUGCCGCUCACGCACCGCCGGGAAAGAUGUGAACAACUGCCUAUUCGGGGUCGAGACAAAGAUGAUGAAGAAGUGGCUCUUAAGGACGGUGGGGAGCUCGUCGGCGUCGUCCAGCUGUAGUUCGGUGAUGGACUCAAGGGCCCGUCGAGUUCUCUUGCUGGUCUUGGAAAAGUUAAUUACUUUUUCUUAAGGGGCCCUCCCCUUAGCCAAAUAAAUACAAGCGGAAUCCACUACCAAAAAGAAGUCUAAAAUAAAAAGUCAAGAAAAGUAGACAAUAGAGCAUGUGAAGGCUUAUGCUUCUCAGUUAUAUGGGUCCACUUGCAAAUACCCAUACGAGAUGCAUAAAGAUAUGUGUAUCCAUUGAAGCCACGUGAUGAUGGGCCUUGGACAAGUGCAUGGAGUACAAAUCAAUCCAAGCCAUAUGCGGCCAACUCUCAAUGGAAAUUAAAAUAUGGAGGAGCAAAUUUCAGAAGAUAUUCUAAUUCAAGUGGGUACAUGCUUUGUACCAAUAAUUAACAAGGAGACGGACCAAAGAGAGAGAGAUAAGAGAAAAAGGGACGGCCAAGGAGGAAGGGAGCAAAUGGAGUAGUAGUGGCGGGGUCCAUUACUCUUAUUACAUCAAGAGGCACUCCACUUUCAAAAAAUCAGGAGAUACUCCAAAUACAAAAGUCAAGGAAAUGCUCCAUGUGAUGAGGCCCACGAGCAAACAAAUUACUCUCGUCCAAGAGCAUGCAUGAUGCAUGGAUAUUGGGGGAUUCUUCGGCAAUUAUAAAGGAAGACUGGGACACAGGCCCGGACCUGGCACGCCGGUUACUACACCGGUCUUGCUCAUUAUAAAAUAAAAAAAUAAAAAAUCCGGAAUCGGGGCCCAGAAGAGGGUAUGCUUGCAAGAGGGCUGGACCUGGAAGAAGGUUCGAACCGUACUUACACGGGCCCAUGAGGUUUGACCGGUAUCAGCGAAUCAGCCGAGACUGGCAAACUGAUUGGGGACAAAAAAAUGCCCAUUAAAAGAAAUAGAAGGGGAUCGUCCACCGUGGCGCAUCCUAUUUCCCCCCUUCUCAGGGAAGACUUGAACGGGGGGUGAGCUAAGGCCUUCCCGGAAUAGUAAAUAUCAAAGGGCCAUUAAAAGACUUAAUCACCCGGAAGAGGAGGCCCUGGAAGAAGGGUGCAUUUUGGGCCUUGGAGAGGGCUCGAAACCAUCCGACAUGGUUAAUUCUCCAAUAUUGAUCUGGCCCGGCUAGCAGCAUUAUCUUAUGGGAAGACUAAGACACAGGCCCGACCUGACACGCUGGUUACUACACCGGUCUUGCUCAGUAUAAUAAAGAAAAUAUGUGACCCAGUCGAACUGGUACACUGGUCUCACAUCGGUCCUACACAUAUUUUCCAAUAAGCCUGAGCCCAAUCAAAUUGGGUACACCGAUUGCACAUCGGUUUCAGCAAAAAAGUGAGCAAAGCUCAUAUCGGGGACGCCCGAUUCAUUGAAGCCCUCUAUUUUGAGGCACCUUGAUCGAAGAUGGUCUCCGCGAGACAUGAAGAUAUUUGCAUCAAUUAGCCGGGCUAGCAUUGAUCUUCAACAAAGCUGCUGCAUCGUACUCAGUUCUUAUUAACUAACGUGAUGUCAUCUGUAUACUAAACUCGCCAUGCAUCGUUUACUUAAUUCGUACUAACAUCAGUCUCGACGAAAUAACUACUUGAAGCACCGUCGCUUCAUCGUACUAACUCCGGUGUUGUAUAAUUACUCGAAGCAUCAUUGCUUAAUCGAACUGACAUCGCUCUUGUUACGAUAAUAAUUCGUGCGAAGUUUA